AGAAACUCUUAUUUAAACCAAUGCAGAAAUCAAUAAACAGCGAAAACUGCACAUUUGAACUCGGAAAACUAGUUUCAGUUUCAGGGGAAGAAGAAGAAGAAGAAACGCUAGGGUUUCACACUCUCAAACAACAACAAGCACAAAAUGAUGAACGGUGAUCUUCCUCUCACUAUGUUAUCAACCGAACAGAUUCAAAAGUGCUUGGAGGAGAAUAAGGAGUUGAUACUGGCAAUAAUGGAAGCAAAAAGCCAAGGGAAGUACGCCGAGAUCGCCCCAUAUCAAACCAAGCUUCAGGAUAACUUGACUUUUCUUGCCAGACUUGCUGAUUUUGAUUCCCAGCCUGAGCCUCAGGCACAGAUGCAUUCUCAGGCGCAAGGCAUGCAGCGGCAGUCUCAAGUAGCAAUGCCCCAGCAACGACCGGACUUCUCUACUGUAAACUCGGGUUUUGAUAUGAAUGAGCAGCAGCAGCAGAAACAACAACACUUGGCAGUGUCUUCACAACAGCCUGAUCUUUCAGCUUCGAAGUUGGCUUUCCAGUUGAAUGAGCAGCAGCACUAUAAGCAACCAACUUUCCUCCAGCAGCGUCAACUUUUCCCUGAAGGCAUGAAUGGUUUUUCUGGUACUAACAACAGUGGCAUGCAAACAAGAAACUGUAAUCUGCCAGAUACCCCAUCAUUCAACCAAAUGGGCUCAGAUGCAGGUCCUGGUUGGUCUUAGGAGUAGUCAGCAUUUGGAUCUUGUGAAAAAACUGGAUGUUUACAAAACUAUGAACUGUCUUUCAACUUUUUACAGUCAUACUUUUCUGUUAAUCUUCUUACAGUCAUGCUUUUCUGUUAAUAUCAGAAAUGAUAAAUGUUUUAUUUCCGUUGAA